AUGGUAGACACGCAAAAGAGGAAAAAAGUGCUUGCAAAGGCGGCUGCCAGCGCUUCCAUCCCGGCAAUCAAGGGUUCUGUUCCGUUGGACUCGUUCGAUAUAAAGAUCAUUCAGUACAAAAACGCUCUUUAUAAGCUGAAUGAGUUGAGCAGGCUGCUAAACGUACUGGUGCCGCACUUGAAGAAAAAGAGAGACAACGACGAGUCAUACACAAUCAUCCCCCUCGUCAAUUUCAUCUUGUCGCUUUGUGAGGGCCCUAUAUUUAAUGUAAGUCCCGUAUUGGCCAAGAGAUACCAUCUACUCUGUCGGUUUCAGUUGGUAAAGCUUAACGACGUGCAACAGAGGCUGUCAACCAACUUUAUUGAAGUGGAAGGGUGGAUGUUCCCGGAAGAUGUACCUCUAGAUCACUAUAAAUCAUGUAUUUACAAUAAUUCGCUGCAGUGGAAGAUUCUGAAUUCUCUUUCCUGUAUUGCGCAGAAUGCUAUCAGUAUUUACAAUGCCAAAUUGAGGCAAAUUCUAUUGGAAAGGGAUGCAUAUAAGGCUCGCUCACUUCCGUUUGACACUUCGAUCAUCGAAGACUUGUUAAACCCGGUCGAGAUGUCAUUGAUCCUGGAUUUGGCAGUUUUAAUCAACGAUCCUAUAAGAGACAAGUCGACUUAUUCCUUUUACAAGUUGCAAUGGCAAGUCAUGGAAAAAUUGAACUCGUGUGUUCAUCUUAAAAUCUUCCCAAUUCUAAGAACCUACUUCAACCAAUUGCAGAAAUUUUCGGAAACAAGACCGGUUUCUCUGCCCAACUUACAAAAGGAUCUACCACAUUGGGAAUGGACUUUGCACAGGAUUUACACCUUCCAGUUACGAGUUUUUUCAGUGCUGUGUGUCAUCAUUAGUCUAUCUAGGCAAGUUUUUUUGCCGAAUAAGCGACACUUCUUGGAUAUCAAGGCAAGGUUGUCCAGCGAAAACACGUAUCAUUAUGAUUUGAUAAUCAGUGAGCUAGUGGCGUUAUUGUCUCCGGAGAGUAAUGAUCAUACGACUUUGCUGGAAUUGCAAGAGGAUUUGAAGUUCUGGACCCAAACGACUCUUGCGGAUAAUCACUUAUUAAGAACGCCUAUUUUCCAUCUUCAACCCGGUUUGAUCAUCGAACUGUUCAAUAAUCAGAUCAGCAAAAUCAUACCGAAACUGAGAUGUAUUAUGACACUAUUGUCCAAUUGGAUGGAUUGCUGGAAAUAUAUCGAAAAAAAUAUCAAAACCUUUGAUGAUUCGGAUGAGGACUUACAAGUGUUGCUGAAAGAAAAGUUGGAAAGAGAUAAAACUAUGUAUUUAGGACGCAAAAACGCGAAAAGUAGGUUGAAGAAAAAACCGUCAAUUACAAAGCUAUCAGCCUCUCCUUCUCCGUCUCCAUCCCCCGUGUCUUCAGCAAGCCCCUCAAGACAGGCCUCGUUAGAGAGCAUAAGGACGAGGGCAAGAGUGCACCUAGCCUCAACUUCAUCAAGGUCAAGGUCUCCCUCGUUGUCGCCUAUAAGAACAAAUUCCAACCACAAAGGUGUAGAAACAAAGAAGGCGGUGGUGUCUCCGGAGAAAAGAAGAAUAGUUAACGGGGGAAGGCCAAGAUCUUCGUCUUUACAAUCAUAUACGAACAAACAACAAACGACGUACCUGAAUUCUACAAGACAUCCGUCAAUAGUUCCACCUCAGAGGCCCAAUAGUCAAAGAUCCAAUUCUUUGCAGGCUUCCACGAUGACCUUAAAUCAAAAAAUCAUCCAGGACACAGUCCGCCAUCUGAUGAACAAACCCGGCUCUACGUCCAAUUCGUCCACGUCCUCGUCCCUAGCACCCUCACCAAAGAUAUCAAGCAUAAGUAACUCCUCAUCAGUGAAAUCAUCGAGCACUUUGACAAUCAAUGGCAGUGAUACCUUAGCUAUAGAAACACUGACUCUGGAUCCAGAAUCGGGCUCCGGCGGGGUAUUGAUCAAAAGAGUGAGAUUCGCUGGUGUAACGCCAAUGACGGAUGCAGAAAACCCCAAGCCGACAAAGAUGGGGUGGUACAAAAAGCCAGCAGUUCUACAUUAUCCGCCGAUACCUGCCUCGGCGGUGAUCAAGCCAUUACAGAGUAAGUCUAGAUAUAACACUCUAAGACAAGAAGAGGGGUUCACUUUCAGAAAGAGUCUUCGAGAUGGACUAGAGUUGGAAAAUGGCGAAUCUAACUCAGAAACUACAAUGAUGCCAUUUGGAAUCGAGAUCAAGGAAUCUGCGGGCCAUAGAAUAGCCUCUAAGAUCAGAAGUAAAUUGAGGUAG